CCUGUGGGGGCAGGAAGCCCCUCCCACAGCAGAGGGGUCAGAGGUCAGAGGUCACGCCCCCCCGUCUCCCCCCCAGGCUCGGUGAUUUUGGAGCUGUCCAAGGAGAAGGCAGCAGAGCGGCUGCUGGAGCGACAGGCGGCUGCAUUUGGGGCGGCUGUGGCCAAAGUGGAGGCCGAGUUGGGGGCCCAGAUCCGGUACCUGACACAGGUGGCCACCGGGCAGCCCCACGAAGGCUCCAGUUACGCGGCACGGAAGGGCUGCCAGCUGGCGCUGAACAGAAUGGAGUACGCCAGGAGGAGGCUG